AUGGGUCGACGAGCUAAGGAUAAACAGCUUGUGGCUCAAGCUUCUCGCAGAAGAACCGUUCUUCAGAUAGACAGAGUUUCCAGACGAGAAGCUGGGGAAGGUAUGUGACAUGCUGUGCAUCUGCUGUAUUUCUAUGUUCAUGUAUGUAAUGUUAAUGGUUGUUCUUCACAGGGUAGGUAAAAGGGCAGAAAAACAGGUAUAGUUGACAGUUUUGUUCCCUGUCUGCCAUGGUUAAGAUGACUGACAGGCAUCAAAACUGUCAACUAUAAUAAUGAACUGUUUUGGCUAAUUUAUUUACAACGCAGUGUUCUUAGCAGGAUUUUCUACAUUCGGACUCAUAAGCUAUCAUGAGGGAGAAAAAUGGGUCACCAUUUUUAGAUACAGUUAACUCAACUGAUUGGGUGUUUUCUUAAGAUGCCAUAACCAAUUAUAAGGAAAUGUAUGUUUGUUAUGUAUGUUUUGUAAUAGGCUUUUUCUCCUUCUUUGCACCCUUGUGACCCCUUGGGCUAAUGUAGUGCAGCAGUUUCCCAAAAAGUGCGGCAAUGCUGCAAUUAAUGCCGCUGUCUGGUCAGAACACUGAAAACACAAACUAAAAUUAUUUGAUACAAUUAAAGCCAAAUGAAUUUCUUGAAGAGUUGUAGUUGAAUCCAUUUACACAUACUGUAGUUACAAUGUACAUUUGUCUUAAGCUAUGUGCCUUGAUCAAAGUGGUUACUUAAACAAAAAUUAUUUUCCAGGUCCUGCUCCGAGUGGAAUAAGAAGAGCAAUCAAUCCUAAUAACAUCACAGGUACAGAGAUGGAAUGUAGUUGUACCCUCUUUCAUUGUACUGAUGAGUGGUCCCCCAUUUAUUAAUUUCAACUUCUGAAGGGAUGUAGCUUAAAUUUAUAACAGACGGAAAAUGGCAUUUGAUGGGUGGGUAAUAUGAGAGGAAAACAGUUGCCUUUUAAAGACUGCAAUUUUUAUCAGCUGGAAAAAAUAUGUUGAGAGCCUGGUAUUUUCCCCUGCUCCCGGCUAUUAUCUACAUGCCGGUUCUUGCUAGUCAAAACCGGGCCAUUUAGUAGUUUUUUCUAGUUGCCUGGAUUGUUGGAUACAACUUUAUAAUAUUCUUCCACGCAACCACACUUAACUCAUGAGCAAUUCAUUGACUCUUGAAAGUUGAUUAAUCCGCUGAUGUAAAGUUAUUAAAAUAAUAUCCAAAUAAAAUAGUCCCACUGAAGACUAGAGUAUUUUCAAACAAUACCUUCAACAUAAUUUAUUAUUAUAACAAAGCACAGUCAUGUACUGUUCUUUAGUAUGUAUAUUGGAUGUUGUUCAUCUUUAGGUAUUGGUUUACUUGGAUCAUAUGGUGAUCACAGCGAUGAUGAAGGUAAAAAGGCAUAAGAAAGAUGAAUUCAAGUAAAAUUAUUUUCAGAAAACAGCUGACAUUUCAUGAUGCCACGACUACCUACCCUCAAAAUGACAUUUAUGGAAUGUCUGCAGAAAUUCCAUACUGAUAACACAUGCUUGACUACCCAGAUCUGGGUAGUGCUUCUAAUUGGUUGAAGCGAAUUCCCACAUGUCACAACUAAUAUGAAGUACAAAAAAAUAUUCACGCAAGGGAGAAUUAAAUGAAAAAAAAUUCAUGCAUGCCAAUUAAUCCUAAAAAAUAUUCAUGCUAUGGCCUAAAAAAAAAUUCAUACAAGGACUUUGAUAACGAAAAAAAAUUCCUGCGGCUCAAAAAUUCCCCUCCCCCCCAUAACCUUUCUAAUGGACUGUCCCUUAAAUUCCCUAUUAAUAAACUCAGGUUGUACUGUUAGAAAAAAAUUUAGGGAGACCAAUCACUCUGAAUGGAAAUAGUAUACUGGUACAGGUAAGCGUAUUGACUAGCUAGAAACCUUUAGUAUAAUUAUUUUGUAUUUAAUAAUAAUUAUGAACAGUUGUUGCUGGAAGAGAUGGGAAAAACAUGAAAACUCCCUGCAAAAAUUGGUGGAAAAAGUUUCCCUCCUCUUUGUACUUGCAGAAGAUGAAGAGCACUCUGGAGUUACAGAAGGUCAGAAUGGUGCUAGAAAUGUGGAGGAAGAACCAGCAGCUGUCGUCAGUGCUUCAUCAUCAGCAGGAGCACAUUCAGAAAUUGAUGCCAAACUAGCUGACUUCUUUAAUGUAAGUAACUGAUCUCUGAAGAUGUUUUGUAAAUCAAAUCAAAAUUACUGUAAAAGCACCUUAUAAGGUGAAAACUUUGUUCUAAAUUGGGGGUGCACUAUAGUCAAUGAUAGUUUCAACUUUUAUGACCUUUUUGCACUCAGCAAUCAUCAGCUAUCAUCAGGUAACAUUAACUAUCAUCAACUAACAUGUGCCUUGAACAUGAUCAAAUUUUUCAUGAUUGUCGAUAAUAGUUUUUCCUUUUUUGGCACCCUGAGUAGGAUGCCGUGAAUUUUCUCGCUCUGUGCAUGAUGGAGAAAUUAAUGUUGCAAGAGAAGAAUUUUAAGAGAUAAAUUAAGUUAUUUCAUAACCACAGUACAU